GCCACUGCCCUUCCUGGGGUCUGUACCUCCUUACAGAGGGAGGGUCUCCAGGUGGAGGGGCCGUGGUGGAUGGCUCUGGAGACGCAGCUCCCGAGACUGUGCCAUCCUCCUGCUGAGCGGGUCAGAGGGUCCCUGCAGAGGUUGCUCAGGACCUUGGGGCUGGGGCCAGGGGAGCCUGCACCAGAGACCCAUGUGGAACCUAAGGUCGACGCCGCCCUGCUGAGAGCACGGCGGCCCCUCCUUCGAGACCGUGACCUCCCGUCGGUGGCCCUCGGCCCUCCACCUCAAGCUGGGGCGGGGGCCGCCCAUCUCCAAGUCCCCAACCAUGACCACCUCCGCGCUGCGCCGCCAAGUGAAGAACAUUGUGCACAACUACUCCGAGGCCGAGAUCAAGGUGCGCGAGGCCACCAGCAAUGACCCCUGGGGCCCGCCCAGCUCGCUCAUGUCGGAGAUCGCGGACCUGACCUUCAACACGGUGGCCUUCGCCGAGGUCAUGGGCAUGCUGUGGCGGCGGCUCAACGACAGCGGCAAGAACUGGCGGCACGUGUACAAGGCGCUGACGCUGCUGGACUACCUGCUGAAGACGGGCUCGGAGCGCGUGGCGCACCAGUGCCGUGAGAACCUUUACACCAUCCAGACGCUCAAGGACUUCCAGUACAUCGACCGCGACGGCAAGGACCAGGGCGUCAACGUGCGCGAGAAGGUCAAGCAGGUGAUGGCACUGCUCAGGGACGAGGAGCGCCUGCGGCAGGAGCGCGCCCACGCGCUCAAGACCAAGGAGCGCAUGGCGCUGGAGGGCAUCGGCAUCGGCAGCGGGCAGCUGGGCUUCAGCCGUCGCCAUGGAGACGACUACCGCUCACGUGGGUCCCCAUCCUCCUACAACUCCUCAUCCUCAUCCCCACGCUACACCUCUGAUCUGGAGCAGGCCCGGCCCCAGACGUCAGGGGAAGAGGAACUCCAGCUGCAGCUGGCCCUGGCCAUGAGCCGUGAGGAGGCCGAGAAGCCGGUGCCCCCGGCCUCCCACAGGGACGAGGACCUGCAGCUGCAGUUGGCUCUGCGUCUGAGCCAGCAGGAACACACGAAGGAGGUGAGGUCCUGGCGGGGCGAUGACUCUCCUGUGGCCAAUGGAGCAGGGGCUGCAGUCCAUCGUCGGCGAGACCGAGAGCUCCAGCGAGAAGAGAAGAAGGAGGAGAAGCUGAAAACCAGCCAGUCCUCCAUCCUGGACUUGGCUGACAUCUUCGCACCCAACCCAGCCCCACCCUCCACACACAGCUCUGCUGACCCGUGGGACAUCCCAGGUCUCAGGCCAAGCGCAGAGCCCAGCGGCUCCUCCUGGGGGCCUUCUGCAGAUCCCUGGUCUCCUGUCCCCUCAGGAAAUGCCCUGUCCCGAAGUCAGCCCUGGGACUUGCCCCCUACGCUCUCUUCCUCUGAGCCCUGGGGCCGGACCCCAGUGCUGCCUGCUGGACCCCCUACGACAGACCCCUGGGCACUGAACUCUCCCCUCCACAAACUCCCCAGCACUGGGACUGACCCUUGGGGGGUCCCUAUGGAGGCCUCCAACACACCUGGUAAUACCUCGACCUUUGAUCCAUUUGCCAAACCUCCAGAAUCCAGAGAAACCAAAGAGAGGCUGGAGGGUGCCCAAGCCUUGCCCUCAGGGAAGCCCAGCAGCCCUGUGGAGCUGGACCUCUUUGGAGACCCCAUCCCCAGUUCCAAGCAAAAUGGCACCAAGGAGCCAGAUGCCUUUGACCUGGAUGUGCUGGGCGAGGCGCUGACACAGCCUAGCAAGGAGGCCCGAGCCUGCAGGGAUCCUGAGUCCUUCCUGGGCCCCUCAGCCUCUUCAUUGGUCAAUCUUGAUUCACUGGUCAAGGCACCCCAACCUGCAAAGACCCAGAACCCCUUCUUGACAGGUCUCAAUGCUCCAUCCGCCACCAACCCAUUCGGCGCGGGUGACCAAGGCAGACAGACUCUGAAUCAGAUGCGCACCGGGUCACCAGCUCUAGGACUGGCGAUGGGUGGGCCCGUCGGGGCGCCCAUGGGCUCGAUGACCUACAGCGCCUCCUUGCCCCUCCCGCUCAGCAGCGUGCCUGUUGGCAUGACCCUCCCUGCCUCGGUCAGCGUCUUCCCUCAAGCUGGGGCCUUCCCCGCGCCGCCCGCAAGCCUGCCGCAGCCACUGCUGCCCACGUCGAGCUCUUCGGGACCACUGAACCCCACGCCGCAGGCGGGAACCAACCCCUUCCUCUGAGCGC